AUGCGGUUCUCUGGUUUUCUUCAGGCCAAAACUGGUCUGACUCAGUUUUGUGUUCACGCAGGUCCGACCCUCGUCAGUCUGUCUCAGAUGCAAGAGGUCAAAGGUCACGGGCCGCCAGGACCGUCGGCUGGCCGGUCGCUCGGCAUCAUCACAGUCUAUGUAUUAUUUAAACGAACAGAAGAGAAAACGCAGCUCAGCCUGAAGACGAUAACUCUUCUGGGAACUCCUGCAGAGGAGAACACAGGAGGAAAGAUCGACCUGAUGGAGCCUCUGCAUAACUACAUAUUGCAGACAACCCUUCAACCUAUGCUGAUGUUGCGCAGGGUGUCAGUGAAGUACCAUGGGAUGCCCUCUCAUGGUUGUGCAUCGCCCUGGGACGGAGUAAAUGCCCUGGAUGCUGCGCUGCACUACAACCACCUCUCCGUGCUCAGGCAGCAGAUGAAACCUGAGUGGAGGGUUCACGGUGAGGAGCAGACAAAGCAUCAGUUUCUCUGUGAGACGAUUUUUUUUUACCUACCUUAUCCAAAUGUUUCAUUAUGGAAAUUGUAUCUGCGCCCUCCGCUGGUGAAGGAUCUUCGUGACCUCAAGGCCAAAGCGGAGGCUUGCUUCUGGGCAGCUGCCGUGGCAACUGGUUGCCAAGUAAGCUUACCUAAAAAUACAAAAAUCUACUUGUCCCAUGCUUCCUCCAACAUUCUGCCUAAUGCCACACUGUCAAGCCUGUAUGAAAAAAACUGGGAAGCUUUAGGGAUUCAGUUUGCAGAGCAGCCACAAAACUUCUCGGGUUCCACAGACUUUGGCAACGUCUCAUUCAUACUUCCUGGCAUCCACCCUUUUUUUCUCAUCGGCACAGAUGCACUUAACCACACAGAGGAACACACCCGAAGCAGCAGGAGCUGGACGGCCCAGUUGUACACCCUGAGGACAGCCAAAGCCCCGCCUACAACAUCUGUGGAUGUAGUGUGCUGCCCCGAUCGGGUAGUGAGAGAGGACUUUGGCCUGGCCAAACUGAAACAGGAGAAAUUAUCUGCAUCUCCGUUAAAUACACCAACUGUGAUAAUAAUUCUAUGA